AAGUUCUGUAUAUUUGCGUAUAGAAAAUUUAACGAACACUUUGGAAAGCAGGCGAAAUGGAACGGAAUUUCCAAUGAUUUUGCCAAGUUAUUUGAUGAACUAUUAGCACAAAGCCAUCUCAACAUUGAUUUCCAUUUCAAGUCGAUUUGAAACCCCCCUUUGCACUUUCCUACAUUAAAAUUUCUAUCCAAGGAAAAGCGUCCAUUGUGAUAUUUUAAGACUGCAGUCGGCAAAUUGAUUUGCAAUUCAAUUUUGCAACUCUACAAAAAGCCCCCACACAAUUUCUUGUCCUUUCUUCAUUUACUUAGAACAUCAGUUUCUUGCUGAAUUCUUCGCAUCGUUGAAAGAGUUAAAUGAAUUGCGAAUAUAUGUCUAGUUGCUCAAGUAAUUAAAGGGAUUUUUAUAUGUUUUUCAAUGUUUUUAAAAAAUGCCACAAAAACCAUGUAAAACUUCUAUGGAAAUUUCAGUACGUGUGUGUUGGGUGUACACACACCCACACAAAUAUCCGUUCACACGGACACGCUACAUUUAACGGUAAAUCAAGCGUGGACGCCAAAAUUUGAGUAGCGCGUCAAAAACAGAACACAAAACGCACACAAAUCGCGCACAAAACGCUCGCAAUUCGCGCAUAAAACGCGCCCAAAGGAGCGUCGACAAAAAACUGAAAAUAAAAAGGAUAUAAGGCAGAAAGCCGUGGAAAACUUUGACAAUUGACAUGGAAAAUCGGCAAAACCAACAAUUUGUCAGGCCAAUAAAACGCCCACGCUGAAAAAGAGAUUAGUACGCAGACAGGGGAAAAAUAAAAAAAAAAUAAAAAAAUUGAAUAAAAAAAAAAACAGAAAAAAAGUUCCUAGAAAAUCGAGUCACAUUUUUCUGUAUGUAUUUGCAUCUGAUAAGAAUUUAAUUACAAUGCACAUAAACAAAAUGUAUACAAAUGUAUUAAGCACACACGCACACUAAUAGUACUAGCUGUGCGCUAGAGCGAGACAGCAGGCGGGGGGGUGUGAGCGAGAAGGGCAGUUUGAUAUCCAAAUAAGGUUUACUGUUUUAACUACAAACCUGGCGAAUUUGCUGUACUCUUUAAAUUAUUAAAACAAAAUGAGAAAUGUACUUAUUGAAUUAUAAAAUUAAAGGAAGAAUAGGGAAGUUUGUAAAAACAAUAUAUAUAUGAUAUAUAAUAUAUAAUGCAGAAGAAAUAAGCAUUUCAGUUUCGUUUCUAAAGAAUGUCCAAAUGCCUAAGUAUUCCAUAAUAUCCCAUAUAAAUAUAUGCAACUUAUGAGCUAAUUACUGGAUAUAGUGUAUAAAAGCGUAUAAUAACAAGCCGAACCCAAAAACAGAAUCUCUGGGCAAUCUUUUUGCGCCAUAAUGACAGCCGCAGACACGAGAACGGACAGCAGCAGAAGUGGAGGCACAAACCGAAUCGGAUUCGGAAUCGGAUUCAGAAUCAGAAACAGAGUCACCAAAAUCGAAAUCCGCAUCGGAAUCGGAAUGGCGAGAUUGGGAGCUGAAUGCAAAUAAGCAACUGAAGAAAAGAAAAAGAAAGCCGAAAAAAAAGAGUGUUCAGACUACGGCGAAUGUGUAAUGAAGUGGAAGUGAAAUGUAAAGCGUGCAAAGCGAGAAAGCAAGGUAGAAAAAGCGAAAGGAAAAAGGGGAACGGAUGUGGAAAAAAUAAGUCACUGUAUAAACCAUGUUCAUAUCUUAUUUGAACUGUGAUGCCAGCAGCCACAGCAACAACAACAACAGCAGCAGCAGCAACAAUAGUGAUACUUGCAACAACUUGAAUUGCAGCAGCAGCACCAGCAACAUCAGCACUGAAACCAGCGACAGCAACGCGACAACUUGCAGCAGCAGCAUCUGUUGCAACUGCAAUAUCGACGGCUUCAGUGAAGAGAAGUGUGCGAACGGCAGUGAAACUAGCAGCAGCAACAACAUAGUUACCAACUGCAGUUGCAACAAUAUCAGUUGCAGCAGCAGCAGCAACAGUCAGCUUGGAACUAGCAGCAACAGCAGCGAUUGCAACUGUAGCCACGGUGCAGGCACACAAAGUUGCAACUGUAAUUGCAAUAUUUGCAACAAAAUCAACUGCAGCAGCAGCAAUUGCCCCUGCAGCAGCAGCAACAGCAACAACAGCAGCAGCAGCAACACACCCGCAGCAAUUUUCGGAAUGGAGCGAUUGCUGCACGCUGUUCGCGAGGAGUUCCAAACGGAGGAUGAGUACGAGGCCGAGGUGGACGAUGAGGGAAACGCGCUGCACAGGAGCAGCAUCAGCAGUUGCAGCAGCAGCAGCAGCAGCAGCAGUAGCAGCAACAGCAUCAGCUGCAGCUGCAGCAGCGAUGGCAGCAACUCCACCGCAUCGCAGCCUCUGUCGCCGUCGCUGCCGCAGCCACGACGUCGACUUCAGCGCAGCGAUAGUUUCGGUUCCGUUGGGGGCGGUGUGGCGGGGGGCGUGGCCGGCGGUGGGGCAACGGGAGCGGGCGGAGUGCGACGCUUUCGCCGCUCCUCAAUCGGUAUGCAACGGAAGUCGGCCUUCCGCCAGCGGAAGCUCGACUCUUUGGGGGCGUGGCGCCGGAAGAGCAGGCGUACCGCUUCGGCCAGCAACUCCCGCAGACCGAUACGGAUUGUGCCCGAUUGGACGGAGAAUGCCGUGCAGGGCGAGCACUACUGGAAGCCCUCCUCCGCCUCCGGCGAUCUCUGCUGCCUGAACGAGGAGUGCAUUAAAAGCGGCCAACGGAUGAAGUGCUCCGCCUGCCAACUGGUUGCCCACCACAACUGCAUUCCGUUCGUCAACGAGAAGAGCACCCUGGCCUGCAAGCCCACCUAUCGGGAUGUGGGCAUCCGGCAGUACCGGGAGCAGACCACAACCCACCACCACUGGGUGCAUCGCAAGCUGGAGAAGGGCAAGUGCAAGCAGUGCGGCAAGUUCUUUCCUAUGAAGCAGGCGGUGCAAAGCAAGCUAUUUGGGUCGAAGGAGAUUGUGGCGUUGGCCUGUGCGUGGUGCCACGAGAUCUACCACAACAAGGAGGCCUGUUUUAACCAGGCCAAAAUCGGCGAGGAAUGUCGUCUGGGCAACUAUGCGCCCAUCAUUGUGCCGCCAUCGUGGAUUGUGAAGCUGCCAACCAAGGGCAACUUCAAGUCCUCGAUACGCGUGAGCAACAAGAACAAUGCCGCAUCGGGAUCAGGAGGUGGCGGUGCUGGUGGCGGUGCCGGAGGCGGUGGUGGUGGUGGUGGUGGGGGCAAGAGCAAGAAGCAGACGCAACGGCGGCAGAAGGGCAAGGAGGAGAAGAAGGAGCCGCGAGCGUUCAUUGUGAAGCCCAUACCAUCGCCGGAGGUAAUCCCGGUCAUUGUGUUUAUUAAUCCCAAAUCGGGCGGCAAUCAGGGCCACAAGCUGCUGGGAAAGUUCCAGCAUCUGCUCAAUCCGCGACAGGUUUUCGAUCUUACGCAAGGCGGGCCCAAAAUGGGCCUGGACAUGUUCCGCAAGGCGCCCAAUCUGCGGGUGCUGGCUUGCGGUGGCGACGGCACCGUCGGCUGGGUCCUUUCCGUCCUGGAUCAAAUCCAACCGCCGCUCCAGCCAGCUCCGGCGGUCGGUGUCCUGCCGCUGGGCACUGGAAACGAUCUCGCUCGCGCUCUCGGAUGGGGAGGGUCUAUUUUCUUUCAGGGCUACACGGACGAACCGAUCGGGAAGAUACUGCGCGAGAUCGGGAUGUCCCAGUGCGUGCUAAUGGAUCGCUGGCGGGUGAAGGUCACGCCCAACGAUGACGUCACCGAUGACCAUGUCGAUCGCAGCAAGCCCAAUGUCCCAUUGAACGUCAUCAACAACUAUUUCUCCUUCGGCGUGGACGCGCACAUCGCCCUGGAAUUCCACGAGGCACGUGAGGCUCAUCCGGAGCGCUUCAAUUCGCGCCUGCGCAACAAGAUGUACUACGGCCAGAUGGGCGGCAAGGAUCUGAUCCUGCGCCAGUACCGCAACCUCUCCCAAUGGGUGACGCUCGAGUGCGAUGGACAGGAUUUUACCGGAAAACUGCGCGAUGCCGGCUGCCAUGCCGUGCUCUUCCUAAACAUUCCCAGCUAUGGCGGUGGCACCCAUCCAUGGAACGACUCCUUUGGCGCCUCCAAGCCAUCGAUUGAUGACGGACUGAUGGAGGUUGUUGGCCUGACCACCUACCAGCUGCCCAUGCUGCAGGCUGGCAUGCAUGGCACCUGCAUUUGCCAGUGCCGCAAGGCCAGGAUCAUCACCAAGCGCACCAUUCCGAUGCAGGUGGAUGGAGAGGCAUGUCGCGUCAAGCCAUCGGUGAUCGAGAUCGAGCUGCUCAACAAGGCACUGAUGCUGUCCAAAAGGAAGCAAGGACGCGGCGAUGUUCAAGUGAAUCCCCUGGAGAAGAUGCAGCUGCACAUCUUACGCGUGACCAUGCAACAGUACGAGCAGUACCACUAUGACAAGGAGAUGCUCCGCAAAUUGGCCAAUAAGCUGGGCCAAAUCGAAAUCGAAUCUCAGUGCGAUCUGGAGCAUGUGCGCAACAUGCUCAACACCAAGUUCGAGGAAUCCAUCUCCUAUCCAAAGGUCUCACAGGAUUGGUGCUUCAUCGACUCCUGCACCGCUGAGCACUACUUCCGGAUCGAUCGUGCCCAGGAGCACCUGCACUACAUCUGCGACAUUGCCAUCGAUGAGCUGUACAUCCUGGACCACGAGGCGGCCACCAUGCCGCAGACUCCGGACCAGGAGCGCUCCUUUGCAGCCUUCUCGCAGCGGCAGGCACAGAACGAGCGGCGCCAAAUGGAUCAGGCCCAGGGCCGCGGCCCGGGCAGCACCGAUGAGGAUUUGCAAAUUGGCUCCAAGCCCAUAAAAGUGAUGAAGUGGAAGAGCAACAAAGAUCGUUUAUUCAGUUUCAACGAAGAUGUUUUUGGUUGUGGAUUCAGCCCUAUACUGGAGCAAACUUCCGAUGCCAUACUACUAGCAGCCCAGAGCGGCGAUCUCAAUAUGUUACGUGCACUACAUGAACAAGGAUACUCACUACAGUCAGUGAACAAGAACGGACAGACGGCGCUGCACUUCGCCUGCAAAUACAACCACAGGGACAUUGUCAAAUAUAUCAUAGCGAGCGCCACACGACGCCUCAUCAACAUGGCCGACAAGGAGCUUGGACAGACGGCGCUUCACAUUGCCGCCGAGCAGAAUCGCCGCGACAUCUGCGUGAUGCUGGUUGCCGCCGGCGCCCAUUUGGACACUCUUGACUCCGGCGGAAAUACGCCCAUGAUGGUGGCCUUCAACAAGAACGCCAACGAGAUAGCCACCUAUUUGGAAAGUAAGCAGGGGACGCAGCCCGUCGACGGCUGGCUCGACGACUAGACGAAUCGACCAUCACAAAUCGCCGCAGGUCCCCUCCAAGUAGAGCAAUCGCUAGACAAGCUUAUUUAUUCAAACAUCAGACAUUUAAAUGAAAAAAGAAAAACCCGAUAGUCACAAUAUCACAAUAUCAGUAAAUCAGUAAUCCGAAAAACAAGAACGUAAUUUUAACAUUGCAAAUUUCUCCUUUCUAUGCCAAUCGAACAAAACAAAAAAAAAACCUACAAAAUGGAUAAUGUCUUGUAAAUAACUGAAACGAACGAAACCAAUAUCAAAUCAAAUCAACAUUCCACGAAACUCAAAUGCGAUGCCGCUUAGGUCAAGAGCGUUUUAUGCAUCUGGAGAAGCAGACCCGGAUCUAAGUGGAGCAUUCAGCGGAAGCAUUCACCAUACGAAAUAAUAUUAAUGCAUAAUGAUAAUGGCUUUUUUUUUUGUGUUAGCAUGUACGAGAGAAAUCUAAUUUAAACUAAGCAAAGAAAAUACACAUACACAGGCAAACACUCAACACAUUUUUAGCGCGUAAGUCGGAGAGAUCAGAUGGUAUGGAUUAAUUAAUUUAUUGUAAUGAAAAGCUAGCAAAACGAUAGGCAACAUUUGUCCGAAAUUUCAAUUUUAAUUAACUUUCGAUAGAACGAACAAAAAAAUACAUAGUAUAUAUAUAUAUAUACGUAUAUAUACGUUUAAUGCAGCGAAUGCAAACGGAAAUUCGAAAUUCAUUUGUUUCUCUUACCGAUUGAUUAACGAUAAAUGAUUAUAUUGUGAUAUCUAAAUUAAUUAACGUAUUGGACUAGAGAGCGAGAACGAGAGCAAAUAGAAAUUGAUAUUAGCAAAGGGCAUUUGCUGUAAUACUAACUGAAGCAAAAAAGUUGAAAACGAAAAAAAGAAGCAAGCAAAAACACACACACAGAGAGACACACUAAGCAAAUAUAUAGUCUAUAUAUUAUAUAUAUAUUUAAUUAAAUGUACUUCUUUGGAAUUCAAACUAGGCUAAGUGAAAACUUGAAUACUCUUGUCAAAUGAAAAAUGAUUGAAAACGGCAGAGCAGCAGCACGAUUAGAAGAGAGACGCACUAGACCCCAAGCGGCUGUGGCUCUCUCGCUCAGACGGAGGCACACACACACAAACACGCAGACACACACACACUCAGUCCCGAUGCACAGACUAGGAUGCACAACCCCCAUAGAUAUACCACCCACUUUAGCUUCACCCUAAACCCUCAGCGUUUCAAACCGAAAGACUUGGGCCGAUCAAUGGCGUCCACCCCCCAAAAACUAGGUAACCUGCCCCGGGAAAAAAAGAGAAAAAAUAAUAGAUUUUAGGACGGGGUCAGGCAGCCACAAAGACUAUCUUAACUAUCCUAUAUACUACUACUACUAUAUUCCGAACUCCUUAACUUUAAACCCUCGUAACACAAAGCAACAAUGGAACAAUGAACACGAGCACUUGUGGCGUACGUAAUACGAAUCACACUUAAUAUAUGUAGACACAUGCAUAUUUUAUCAGCUAAAGAUUAAUGUAAAACCACAA